UGUCGAGCGGCCACUGGCGUUGAACGGCCGAAGAAUUCAAGAUCAGCUCGGAAUUAAACUAAAACUGCCAUGAGGACGAUUGCAUUUGUGUGCCUGCUGAUGGGACUGGUGGGCGUGGCCACGGCAAGGCGCCAUAGUGGACCGCAGACUGACAGACUGCCAGUUACCCUGUACUAUGAGGCAUUGUGUCCCUAUUGCAUGGAGUUCGUCACCACCCAAUUGAGUCCUUCGAUGGUGCGACUAGAUCGAUUGCCAUACACCAACCUUAAGCUGAUUCCCUAUGGAAAUGCCAAAACCGACGACGCCGGAAAAGUGGCCUGCCAGCAUGGAGUCCAGGAAUGUGAGUUGAACGCCUGGCAUGCCUGUAUAUUGGAACAUAAUAGCAUUGCCGAGUCCCUGAAGCUGAUCGCCUGCAUGAUGAGGGGCAAGAAGAACAGGCUGGACAAGUGCUCCGAUCGCUACCAAAUCGACGUGGCCGAAGUCAAAAACUGCAAAGCAACGCGUCAGGUAGACGACAUACUGCAAAAGUACGGCGAAGAAACGUCCAAGGUCUCGUUUUUGGGAGUGCCCGCUAUUGCAUUGGAUAACGUAGAUUUAUGAUGCCAACCUGUCAGCGAAUUUAACUGAAGAUUUUGAUCACUUUUUUUGCGCCGCGUAUCAGAUAAAGUUUCAAAAGAAGCUCAACGACUGCGAGUAAAUAUGUCGUCCAUUUUAUAUCGGUUCUUGAUAUAUAAAAAUAAAUAAAUUAAGAAAAACAA